AUGCGGUGCGGCUUAUCGGCGCUGCUUAAGAGAGAGGCGUCUCCCACCGAGCUGAUGCAUUUGCUGAUUGCUUCUGCACCGGAGCUCGUGACCAAGCUAGUGGAGGCAGCGGCAUCGAAUGCGAACAACCGUACCAAUGCCUACCUAGUGAGGUCACAGGUCAAGUUGCACCUGGACGCACAGCGAUCCGCGUUUCGUGUGAGCCAGCGUGGAGCGAAUGCAAAGGUUGGGCAACUGCUCGGACUGGAACCCCAGUUAGGAGCCAGCUUUCCGUACAAGUUCAAGACGGUCCACAUCAGCGAGCACGGAAAGGUGGAGCCAGACGAUGGGUUCAGUCAUGGCGGGGACCGUCGUGGGCCGGCGUAUCGAGAGCUACUUGCGUCAGUCCGCGAGGCUGACGACGAGAGGGGGGAGGAAGAUGAGACAAUUGUGGAGGGAGAGGAGGUGGAUGGGGCUAAUGAGGGAACAGCGCGAUUAUCGGAGCCACAUCCUUUCACCGGUCGCGGCACAUCUUCCAGUGCGGCCCUACAAGACGAUAGCGUUAUGAGUGCAACUACGGUGGGGAUUGGAGCAACCACCCCCAGCGUAUCCCCUCACGACGAGACCCUUUUGAGCCCCCCAGCAGAGAGGAGCGGCGCAUCUACCAGAACUGUCCCUCUGCAUGUUACUCCAACUGCUGUGGGGGGGGGUGCAACCACCUCCUGCGCAGUCGUUCACGACGAGACCCAUGUGAGCCCAAGUGCAGGGGCGGUUGGCUCAACACUUCCUAAGGGUCUCCGCCGCUCUUGGCAGCUGACGCCAGACGCAGCUAUAACCUCACUCAAGGGAGUGCAGGAGCUGAGAAGCGGGGGAGGAGUGCUAACCAAGGAGGCGCAGCAAGGGAGUGUAGUAGAGGUGUUGAACGAGGAGGCGGAGCAAGAGAGCAGAGUGGGAGUGUCACGUGAGGAGACGCACGAAGACGCACCAGAUGGGGCCAGAGGGGGAGGGGAGGCGGAGGAGGUUGCUGAUAUUAUCGGGAUCAAAUGGGCUGAUGUUGAUACGCUUUUUGAGUUUGAUCCACAUCCCAUCCAUGCGCCGCGUGAGGACAUCUGCACCGAAUACAUCCGCGAGUCUGCCGUGGAGCUUUUGGGUGAGGGGUUCUCUGCAGAUGACCUAAUCGACACCGCGUUCGCAUCUCGUGGCGAAGAGGAGAUCGGUGAUGCGAGGGGCUCCAUUGAGGCAGCGGCGGAGGUGGGAGGGGAGGGUGGCUCGCUUCAUAAUGUUGCUCCGCCAAGUGCGAUGGGGAGGACUGGCAAAAGGUGGCAGGAAAAGAAGACUGGAAAACGACCACGUGACGAGGAUGGAGAGGACGUCGGGGGCACAGAGUAUGUGUCUGUUGUUCAGCGUUUGGGCAUUCAUUUCCACCAUGUGAUGGUGCAAUGUGCAACUAAAGCCAGUGCUGGUCAGGGGAUGUCGCCGGAGGAUGUAGCUGCUGAGAUGGAACUGUGUGCCGACCAUUACGCAGGAUUACACACUCGAUCUUUCAAGCAAUGGCUUGCGGAGCAUUGUGGCCCGAGUCAAAUGGCUCCAUACGUUCGUGGGGCGAGCAAUUGGAUCAAUGAGUCGUUUCAUUCGUUGAUUACGAAGUAUGCGCCGAAGCGCAUAGCGUUCCUAGGCAGCAUGGAGCCCCGGGUGGCUUUGACGGUGCUACAUUGGAAUAGCACAGUGGAUAGGGUUGUGAAAGAGUGGCGGGUUCGUGUACGUAAGGCAACUCGGGUGAAACGGGGAAAGAUGGACAGGGUGCUCGGGCCAAUGGAUUGGAGUUGGGUUGAGGAGGUUCUAGAGCGUUGGGCGAAGUUACGAGAGAGCGGAGAGGGGAUCCCGGGCACAAAUGCAGAUGAGGAAGGAGAAGAGGGGGUGGAGGGUACGGAGGAGGGUGUGGAGCUGACGGUUCCGGUGGCAGACGUGGGGGGAACGGGACCGAAUCCCCAAACCGUGUCGAGGGAAGAGGAGGAGGCAGGUGGGGUGUCCGCCCUGCCCGGUGAGGGGGGGACACCACAUGAAGGAGAUCCCGUGAAGGGGUUAGUGGUGCUCGCGAUGAUGGGCGUGGCACUCUCAAACGAGCGUGACGAGUACCCUCUCGUUAGAGCGGUGAGUGGGCAAGCUAGAGCGGUGAGUGGGCUGGCUAGAGCGGUGAAGGGGCAAGCAAGAGCGGUGAGUGGGCAAGCUAGAGCAGUGAGUGGUCAAGUUAGAGUGGUGAGUGGGCAUGCUAGAGCGGUGAGUGGGCUGGCUAGAGCGGUGAGUGGGCUGGCUAGAGCGGUGAGUGGUCAAGUUAGAGCGGUGAGUGGUCAAGUUAGAGCGGUGAGUGGUCAAGUUAGAGCGGUGAGUGGUCAAGCUAGAGCGGUGAGUGGGCAAGCUGGAGCGGUGAAGGGGCAAGCUAGAGCAGUGAGUGGGCAAGCUAGAGCGGUGAGUGGUCAAGUUAGAGCGGUGAGUGGUCAAGUUAGAGCGGUGAGUGGUCAAGUUAGAGCGGUGAGUGGUCAAGUUAGAGUGGUGGGUGGGCAUGCUAGAGCGUUGAGUGGGCCAGCUAGAGCGUUGAGUGGUCAAGUUAGAGCUGUGAGUGGUCAAGUUAGAGUGGUGAGUGGGCAUGCUAGAGCGGUGAGUGGGCUGGCUAGAGCGGUGAGUGGGCUGGCUAGAGCGGUGAGUGGUCAAGUUAGAGCGGUGAGUGGUCAAGUUAGAGCGGUGAGUGGUCAAGUUAGAGCGGUGAGUGGUCAAGCUAGAGCGGUGAGUGGGCAAGCUGGAGCGGUGAAGGGGCAAGCUAGAGCAGUGAGUGGGCAAGCUAGAGCAGUGAGUGGGCAAGCUAGAGCGGUGAGUGGUCAAGUUAGAGCGGUGAGUGGUCAAGUUAGAGCGGUGAGUGGUCAAGUUAGAGCGGUGAGUGGUCAAGUUAGAGCGGUGAGUGGGCAUGCUAGAGCGGUGCGUGGUCAAGUUAGAGCUGUGAGUGGUCAAGUUAGAGCGGUGAGUGGGCAAGCUAGAGCGGUGAGUGGGCUGGCUAGAGCGGUGAGUGUGCUGGCUAGAGCGGUGAGUGGUCAAGUUAGAGCGGUGAGUGGUCAAGUUAGAGCGGUGAGUGGUCAAGUUAGAGCGGUGAGUGGUCAAGUUAGAGCGGUGAGUGGGCUGGCUAGAGCGGUGAGUGUGCUGGCUAGAGCGGUGAGUGGUCAAGUUAGAGCGGUGAGUGGUCAAUUUAGAGCGGUGAGUGGUCAAGUUAGAGCGGUGAGUGGGCAAGCUGGAGCGGUGAGUGGUCAUGUUAGAGCGGUGAGUGGUCAAGUUAGAGUGUUGGGUGGUCAAGUUAGAGCGGUGAGUGGUCAAGUUAGAGCGAGCGGUGAGUGGGCAAGCGGUCAUGGCGGUGAAGGGGCAAGCUAG